AUGGUUUUGGAAGUGCUGAACUCAGUGCAUUAUAACAUCACCAGCAUGGUGACCGAAGUUGCGCCUGUUGCCAGCAUUGCAAUCCUGCUGCUCACUGGCUUUCUUCUCUUGGUUUGGAAUUAUAAAAACACAUCCUCAAUACCAGGUCCUGGCUACUUUCUGGGAAUUGGACCCCUCAUUUCCUACUGCAGGUUCCUCUGGAUGGGGAAUGGCAGUGCCUGCAAUUACUACAACAAGACGUAUGGUGAAUUCGUGAGAGUCUGGAUAUAUGGAGAGGAAACCCUCAUUAUUAGCAAGUCCUCAAGCGUGUUCCACGUAAUGAAGCACAGUCACUACACAUCCCGAUUCGGCAGCAAACUUGGGUUGCAGAGCAUUGGCAUGCAUGAGAAAGGCGUCAUAUUUAAUAAUAAUCCAGUCCUCUGGAAAGCUGUUAGAACUUACUUUAUGAAAGCUUUGUCUGGCCCCGGCCUGGUGCGCACGGUGACCGUCUGUGCUGAUUCCAUCACCAAGCAUCUGGACAGGCUGGAGGAGGUCUGCAACGAGUCGGGCUAUGUGGAUGUGUUGACCCUCGUGCGGUGCAUCAUGCUGGACACCUCUAACAAGCUCUUCCUGGGGAUCCCCUUUAACGAAAGGGCCAUCGUGGUUAAAAUCCAGGGUUAUUUUGAUGCAUGGCAAGCUCUCCUUCUCAAACCAGACAUCUUCUUUAAGAUUUCUUGGCUAUGCAGAAAGUAUGAAAAGUCUGUUGAGGAGCUGAAAGAAGAAAUGGAAAUUCUGGUAGAAAAAAAAAGAAACAGGAUUUCCGUAGCAGAGAAACUGGAAGACUCAAUGGAUUUCACCACUGAGUUGAUUUUGGCUGAGAAGCGUGGUGACCUGACAAGAGAGAAUGUGAACCAGUGCGUAUUGGAAAUGCUGAUCGCAGCACCGGACACCAUGUCUGUCUCUGUGUUUUUCAUGCUGUUUCUCAUUGCAAAGCACCCCCUAGUUGAAGAGGCAAUAAUGAAGGAAAUCCAGACUGUUGUUGGUUAUAGGUUCUGUGCCAGGGGCAAGGGCACCGCGGUGAACAAGCCAGUGCCAUCCCUGCAGUCCUGGGCUCUCAGUCUCGUGAGAAAAAGAGAAUUCAAGAAACAAGCUCAGUGGAGUGAGAGAGAGUCACAGAAUGAUGGGGGUACAGGCAACACAGGGGAAACUGCUCUUGAGAUCAUAAACCUUUAA